GCGGGGGCCUCGGGCUCCGGCCGCGCGUCCGGGUCAGGGCGGAGGAGGCCGGGCUGUCCUGUGGGUCAGUCUCCCUGUCUCCCCUCACCCUUGUCCGUCCGUCCUUCCGUCCCCCCGUCUGCCUGAGGAUCCGCCGGUUACCCCGCUUCCCCACCCCCGUCCAUCCUCCGUCUCGCUGUCCGUCCGUCUGACCGUCGGACUCCCACCCCCGUUCGUCUGCCAGUCCUCCAGUCGGUCUGCCUGUCCCCCCAUCCUUCGGUCUCCCCCAUCCCCUUGCCCCCCCACCCGUCUGCCCAUGUCCCGGUCCCUCCCGUCCUUCCUCCUGUCCCCCGUCCGCCCACCCGUUCCCCGUCCUUCUUUCUCCCCCGUCCGCAAGUCUCUCUACCUGCCCUUCCGUGUGUCCGCCGGUGCCCCGUGCGUCUCUACCCCGCGGCCGAGGCUCCUGUCCUAUCGCGGACUUCCAAGCAGGAGGGGGCGCGGGUGGCAUGGGCCCACCUCGCUGGGAGGCUCGGGGACACGAUGGGGGUCCAUCCGGGUGAGGGGGCGCCCCGGCCCGAAGCCCCUCCCGAGAGAACCUCGCUGCGCAGCCGCUUGAACGCGAGGCUCCGGGCGGCGGCUCUGGGAUUCCCCGAGCCCAAUGGCCGUCCCGGGGAGGUCCCGGCCGGCCGCAUCAACAUCACCUGGAGCUGGUCCGGGACGCGGAUUCCCGGGCCCCAGAGGACCUUCCCCAGCCGGUCUCCGGCCGCGCCUGCGCCCCCAGAUAUUGACUUUGCCACGCGUAAGAUAGCCAGGCUGCUGAAACCACAGAAAGUGAUUGAGCAGAAUGGGGAUUCUUUUACCAUCCACACGAACAGCAGCUUCAGGAACUACCUUGUGAAAUUUAAAGUUGGAGAAGAAUUUGAUGAGGAUAACAAAGGCCUGGAUAACAGAAAAUGCAAGAGCUUGGUCAUCUGGGACAAUGACAGACUCACCUGUGUGCAGAAGGGGCAAAAGAAGAACAGAGGCUGGACCCAUUGGAUUGAAGGGGACCAACUCCACCUGGAAAUGUUCUGUGAAGGCCAAGUGUGCAAACAGACGUUCCAGAGAGCUUGAUCUGUAUCCAGCCGCAGAGUCCACAUGUGGCAGUAUCUUAAUGCUGAAUUAUAUUCCAGGAUAAACAGGUGUUGAUCUGUCCUGGUUUGGUGGAUGGGGCCUUGUGGUCAGAAAGGUGUCACACAUCCUGUACCAGAAGCCAUUUGGAUUGUGAGAAAACUUCUCAGCUUCAAUAAACCUGUCCAAUGAUUAUGAUGUUUUCCUUCUAAA